GCGAUGACGUUGACGUUUACGUCGAGCACAGCGCUGAGUCUCUUGUCAGUCUAGUCUCGAAAAUCUUCGCACCAUCUGAUGUGCAACGCGCUCGCCACUUUUAUGAAUUCUUUUGAGAUCGACGAGGAACCAUUACAAUUUCAUCUCGCGUGUUUUUGUUUUACGUAGCGUGACGACAACACUGUUGUCUCUCUUUGAGCGCAACUAGUCCAGACAUGAGUGACGUUAAUCUUAUUUUCUGGGACCACUUGCAGGCUGGCAGCUCCGAUGUGGAUUGGUGUGAAGGCAAUUACCUUAUUUACCCGAGCAUCGCUGAAUUUUACAACACGAUCAGCAACAUUUUGUUUUUUGUUUUGCCUCCCAUAUUAAUGUGCUUGUUUCGCCAAUAUGCAACACAUUUCAACAGUGGGAUUUACCUCAUUUGGACCCUGCUGGUCGUGGUGGGUAUUGGCUCAACAUAUUUCCACGCUACCCUCAGCUUCCUGGGCCAGAUGCUGGAUGAGUUGGCCAUUUUAUGGGUGCUCAUGUGUGCCAUCGCUAUGUGGUUCCCAAAAAGAUACUUACCCAGGAUUUUCAGAAGAGAUCGGUCGAGGUUCAAAGUAGUCAUCGGCAUCCUUUCAGGGAUCACUACAGGAUUGGCCUUUGUUAAACCUGUCAUAAACUCCUUGUCGCUCAUGACUCUGGGCAUCCCAUGCACCGUGCUGCUCAUCACCGAGCUUAAAAGGUGUGAAAACCCUCGUGUAUUCAAGCUGGGUCUGAUCUCAGGAAUUUGGUGGGCUCUGGCUCUGCUUUGCUGGCUCAGCGAUAGGAUUUUCUGUGAAAUGUGGUCAUCUGUCAACUUUCCCUACCUACACUGUGCUUGGCACAUCCUCAUUUGUCUGGCCUCCUACUUGGGUUGCGUCUGCUUUGCCUACUUUGACGUUGCGAGCGAGGCCCCGGAGCGAGGUCCAGUCAUCAUGUUCUGGCCCAACGAGAAAUGGGCCUUCAUUGGCGUCCCCUAUGUUUCAUUCCUCUUUGUACACAAGAAGUCAGCUAUCAAGGUGACCUAAGGUGAUCCAAAUCUGCUCAGCUGGUUGCACUUUAUCAGUUCAAGAUUCAUCACCAGACCUUCUGCCUACUUUAUUAGGCAUUUUGGAUUGGAUAACGGAAGGUCUUUAUGACCAGGCAGUACUUCUGCAACAAAACAAACCGUGCCACAAACAACAUAACAAGGGGACAAUCUUGGUGGCUUCCUACAAUGUCAGUGUUUAAACAUGCCAUGAAGCUUGUCAGAAGGAGCAUGUGAUAUGUGAUUGAAGUAUUAUGCAUUGUUUGCUUUAUUAUGUUUUGUACAUGGUAUGGUAUGAAAAAAAAUCUUAUUGCCUUUACAAACUCCCACAUCUCAUGGAUGCACUCUAGCCAUGAAAACCAGCAUUAUAGACAAUAAUGCACUGGAUACAAGAACUGUGAUUAUUACAUCAUAUACAAAAUCAGCUGCUCAGAGUUCCGUGCCACUCUCCUAUUGAUGUCUUUGGUGCCAGCAUGAUAAUGUGGUUGAUUGGAAUGCUACAGUAUUUUCAAAACUAUUCUUGUACUUUGUUAAUCAAUGAUGUCUUUAUAUAACAAUGAAAGAGAGCCAUAUGACCAAAAAGGGGAAUGUUGACUAAAUCGAUUGGCUUUAGGUAAAGAAAUUAAUUUUAAAAAAAAACAAACAAAAAAACAGCAAAACCACUGUCACAACAUUUCAGGUCAAUUGUCAAUAUUUCGUGAUAAUUUUGUUAAGCUGUAAGUAUCUUUCAAAUGUUUUAUAACUGGAAGUGUUUAUAUACUAAUUUAGGCAGAAAUCUCAAACUAUGUCAUGCUCUUUGAGUCUUAUUUAUUCCAGACUCAUAAUGAUUGACAAUAAGCUGUAUGAGAAUUAUUUUCAAAGCUGAAAUCAAACAGGAUAAUGGAUGGACAAAGAAACGAGCACGGUGCUGCCCUAUAAAAAUGGCACAGUAUAUUCAAACUAUAUGCUGUCCAGUGUUGAUGUUUGUUCCUCUUAAGGGAAUAAGUGUAGGCUCAGUGCCUGAAAUCACAAGCUGAUUUGUGUAUUAUAUUCUAUGUAGUAACAUUUUGGGCAGAUUUUUAAUAUCCAAUUUAAGGCUGUUUAUUUGACCAAAAAUCAACUGAGUUGUAAAAUUAUAAAGGGAAUGAUGGGUGCUGAAACCUAAAACAGAAUAUUCACCUCAAUGAUUGUAUUCCAUGUGAGGAAAUGAACUCAGGCUCACAUGUAUAAAUGACAGGGCGAAUGAAGGAUUGACACAGAAACUGCAGUCCUGAUAUUUCAAAUUAAUAUAGCUUAACCCAAGAAUAAUAAUUUUUUGAAAAGACAGUGUGUGAAAUAUGAUUUUUUUUUUAUAUUGUAUUAUUAACUUUGUAUUGCCAAAUACUAUUUUUUAUUGUAUCCUCUGGACUUACAGUAUUUAAAACAUUGCCAAUAUAAGCAGUGUCUCAUUGUGGAGCUGAAGAAUACAUGACUGUGUAGUUUUGAAUGAGUUGCAGUGAACAUUGUGCAGAAAAUAACUGAAGUGAUACGUGUUAACUGUCUUUUUUAUGAUCACAACGCAGUGUAGCAGUAAGUUGUGUAUUUUCACACGGGCUUUUUGUGUAUGUUGAUGUUUUUUUCCCCCUUUAUUAGUGACACAGGCACACGGCACAGAAUUAUUUAUUUUCAUAAUUUAUCCUGUUUUUUUUUUUUUUUU